CUGAGCGACAGCUUUCAAAAAAAAAAGGUCACCGAAAUUAUGUAAAUGUAAAGAAAACAGCAGAGAACGUAGAAAAACAGCUGAAAUGAGUGACUUACCGGUGGUGAAGAGUACUAUGAAUAACCUUACCCAGAGAUCGCCUUAUAGUCAGAUCGGAAUGGGUGCUGCCGGGGGCUUUCUCACCGGAUUUGUGCUCCUGAAGGCAAGCAAAAUGGUGGCCGUGGCUGUAGGCGGUACCAUACUGGCCAUCGAGCUCGCAAUGCAGGCGGGUUUGGUCCGGGUGGAUGUCCUCAAGAUAAUGUCCCAAUCUCAGGAUCAGGAUCAAACUCAUGGGCAGCUGCAAGUCGCCGGGGAGGGGAUGAACCUCAUCCGUGUUCAAGAACUUGGGGAUAAGGCCAGGAAAGCGUGUGCCACCAGCGGUCGUCUGUGUGUGGCCUUCUUGGGUGGCUUUCUACUCGGCUUUGGCUGGGCCUAACUAAUGCAAAUUAGCAAAACUUCACAUAAAGAACUACACUUAUAUAUUUAAAUUGUAAACGAAAGUUCCCACCUGUA